AUGCCUCAAAUUAUCCGAAUCAAGAUGAACGACAAGGAGCUCAAUUUCGUGCCGUGUCAAAAUAUUCUCGCCAAAAGCUCACUUACAUCUGCCUUCCUGCUUCCGGAGGAGGCGAUUGUUUCUCUAUCGUAUGAACUGACUAGAGAGGAGAUCCAUUGCGAGUAAGUCACAGGUGGAUUAUUUCUCACUUAUUUCAAAAAUUUAUAAUUUAGAAUGAAUGAGAAGGGGACGGCCUUUAUACUUCCUGAGGACUACUCAAAUCUGAAGUUUAAGGUGGAAUCCGAUAGAGCUCCUUCAAGGUCAUCAAUUCCUGCUGAUUUUGAAGGUUUGAUGAAUAUUGGACACCCAAUUUAUAUAGUUUUUGUUUUAGGACCUACAUUUAGGAAGCGACGAAGGAUUUACAUGGACUCGGAACCUCUACCGGUGGAUCGAGAUAUCAUAUCUCGAAUAGGCAAAUACUCUUGGUUUUAUACGAAAGAAGACAAUUUGAAACGAUCUGCUAUUCCUGUCACUCGAUAUCUUGCUAUUACCUACCGCCACGGAGAGAAUAAGCAUUUUGUGAACGGCGAUUGUAUUAGACUUUCAUCAUAUAAAAACCAAAAAGUGAUUGUUGAUUCUUAUGUUGUAUUGGUUGAUGAUUCCCUCGAUUUAAUUGUUCUUCAAUCUAAAUCCGCCGAGCUCUGCAAUCGUGAUUUGAUCUUGGAAGCAGCCGAACCGGAGAGAGGAAUGCCAUACAUUUUGGUAAUUUUAACUAAGUAUUUAUACUCAUAACUUAUGAAUUUUGAUUAUUAUAUACACUGAAAUGAUUUCAGAUGGGUUAUUCGGUCGUACAUGGACGAACGUCACAUAUCUCAUUCUCCGCGGGAAUUAUAUCCAGCGACAUCACAUCGAGAUUGCGUUUUUUGGGCUCGAGUGGGUCAUUCAAGGGAGACUCUGGUGGAAGCUGUUGGAGCGAUGAUGGAAGGCUAAUUGGGAUGCAGGUCAGACCUAGGCGGGAUGGACUUUUUUCAAAAUGCCGUGUGCGGGAUGUGGGAUCAACUUAUUUUUGCGGAAUGCGAGAGUAGAGCAGCGCGGGAUUUCACAAUAUUUCAAAAACUAAAAUUGCAGAUUGAGAUUGAGAAGAUUCCUCAUGCAACUGAUAAGAACGGUCGACCGGCAUCUCCGGCAUCGGGUGGACGAUGCGGAAUCAUUCCGAUCACAAAAAUUCAUCCAUUGAUUUUGGUAAGCUUUACUUAAUGCAAAACCAUUAAAUUAAUCAGUGACUUUAGAAAUUUUUACCGCCGGAAGAAGAAAUCGAUUGGAAUGAAUAA